GGGAACAUGAGUACUGCCUCCAGUGUAUACCGAGUCGCCGCUGCGGCGCGAACUAUCGUCGUGAGUGUAGUGUGUGCACGAUUUGUUGUUGGAAGUCCACGGAAAGGGAUUCCGAGUUUACAUUGAGAAGGAUUCCACAAACAAUAUAUCAGUAUUUAACGUUUAUACCAAAAAUAAAAUCUAUCGUGAUGCGUGAGUGGAACCAGUCGGCGUGAAACAAGCCGCUGAUGAUGGCGAUGAGGAACUCAGGCGGCGGAGGGGGAGGUGCCCGGGGGCGGACGUCGGACGCGACGGCGGCACGCGCCCUGGACGAGUUCGAUACCCUGGCAGGGUUGAGGAGAAGUGCCUAUGUGCUAGAGCAUCUCGCGACCUUCACAGUCACACGCGAGACGGGCAUCGUUUAUCCCGCAGAUGGAAUGAGACGACUGUUGCAGUUGGAAAAGAGCAACGGAAUAUGGAGCCAAAAAAUGCAGCUUUGUUUAGAAGAUCAAUGGGUCUUAGUAAUGGAUUACGAAACCGGGUCCAUAAUGGAACGCUUCCCAGCCUCAUGGGUACAUUCUCCAACUGCGUUUACGUCCCCCGAGCCUGCGGAAUUGUACAACAACGUGCUGGCGUUCGUGGUAGGAGCUCCGGAAGGCGGCGGUGGCAACUCACCUGCGAACGCUCGACGUGAACUCCACAUAUUUCAAUGCCAUGACGUCGGAGCUCAGACUCUGGUCGAGGAAUUAAAUGCUCUUAAGGGAGUCGGCAGCGGAGGAUCUGAGGGAGGUCGUGAUUUUGUUAUCGAACGGGAAAGAGAAAGGGAACGAGAAAAUGAAAUGGAAAGACCAAGAAGACAGCAAAUGUCGGCUCAACUGGGGCGCGGUGAACGUGAGCGCGGCGGAUCGGGGGGGGAGAGAGACGACGCCUCCUCGACUGGAUCGGAACGACUCUAUGAACAGGACAUCGCCAUCCUGAAUCGGUGUUUCGAUGACAUCGAAAAAUUCAUAGCGCGCUUGCAGCACGCGGCAGCCGCGUCCCGGGAGCUCGAACGGAGACGAAGAUCGCGCGGGGGGGGCAAGCGUGCGGCGGGCACCGGCGAGGGCAUGCUGGCACUGCGUACUAGACCACCUCCAGAACGGGACUUCGUGGAUGUGCUUCAGAAAUUCAAGCUUUCCUUUAACCUACUGGCGCGACUCCGUGCUCACAUCCAUGACCCAAACGCCCCAGAGCUAGUCCACUUCCUGUUCACGCCAUUAGCGCUGAUCGUGGACGCGGCACAAGACGUCGCCGACGGGCGGCUCCCUGCACGGGUCGUUCAGCCGCUCCUGACCCGUGACGCGCUCAACCUGCUCGCUAAUUGCGUCACCAGCAAAGAAACGGAGCUGUGGCACUCUCUCGGCGACGCGUGGCUCAUACCCAGAGAACAAUGGAAGACGACGAUACCUCCGUACCAACCGGUAUUCAUGGACGGGUGGUCUCCGGACUAUCAAGUCGAUGACCAACCUUUGCGUCGGGCGUCUCCUCGCCGAAAUGAGGCCGGUCGGGGAACGGAUGGGGCUAUGGUAGAAGAGGAAGGAGCUGGGAGGGCUGAUCGCUCCGAAGGCUACGGAUAUGAUCGAGAUGAGCCUGACUUGUAUGGCGAACAAUAUGCGUCAUUUCCCAGAAACACGCGAGCGAUGGCUCGCGAGGACUCCGUCUCAGCAGCGUCGUCUCCUGAGCGUGAGCCCGCCUACAGAAGCGAUCGUGACGAAGAUGACUUAGGCGAGGCGUGGGCGAGGGGCGUGUCUGCGCGCGGGGGGCGGGUGGUGCGCGUCACCUACCCCCGCACCGCCAACAAUGACAAGGAGCUGACCGUUGUACGCGGGGAGUAUUUAGAGGUGCUGGACGACUCCCGCAAGUGGUGGAAGGCGCGCAACCGACGUGGCGUGACGGCGCACGUGCCGCACACCAUCGUGGCACCCGCGCUGUCGCCGCCCUCCUCGCCGCAUCUCUACCCCAACCCCAUCUACACGCAUUAUCAGGAAAGCGGUGGAAGGGGCUCCGGCGGUAGCAGUCCUACCGUUCCAGAAUCGCCACGUAAGGUUGAGAAAGUGGUACCACCUCCUCCACCGCCGCCGCCGCCGCCACCCGAACCUCCAACGCCAGCACCCGUGAUCGUGCCCCUCAAAACUGACACCAUGAAGUCGACUAAAUCAGUAACGAGCACCAGUAGUGGCCUGCACGAGGAAUUGAAGAUGGUAUUACCCCAGAUCCAGCAACGCCGGCUCGACUUCAAAAAAACCCCUGAUAUUUUCAUACACCAGAAAUCAAAUCCUGAUGAAGUAGCAGCUUGGUUAGAAGCGAAGGGCUUCAGCUCGACGGCUCAGAAACAGCUGCGGGUAUCUGGCCAUCAGCUGUUUGCUCUCUCGCGCACGCAGCUGGAGCGUGUGCUCGGACAGGACGAAGGCAAGCGUCUCUACAGCCAGGUCCUUGUGCAGAGAAACGUGUCUGGGUACAAGACGACAUCAGCGUCGGAGCUGCAGAGCAUACUGCGCAAGGUGCGCGAGAAGGUCGAGGUCUCCUGAUCGACGAGCCCAGGAACAUGCACAACAUGCACAAGUCAAACAAUACUAGCACAGGAAACCCGGAGACCACACGUGACAUGUUCGAUCUUCCGGAUUAUCACAGAAGUUCCUCUUAUUGCUAAUAUUAAUUUAAUAAUUUAAUUAAUGAUUUAAAAGUUAUAGGUUUUCUUAUAGAUAAUAAAUAUACUGUCAUAUUUUUUAAUGUUAUUCGUUACGGUAUUUCAUUUUCUUUUUUUUUAAUUUGUUAAAAUAGCGAUACAGGAAGUAACAGCUGGGAGUUUCAAUAAAAGAUUACGUUGCAAUAAUUCGAUUAUUUAUUCAAUCUUUUCUUAAAAUUAUAAAACAAUAAUAUUUUUAUGGCCAUUUACGAUUUAACGCCACCGCAGCCAAAUAAAAAUCAGCGAAUAUCGGUUAGUUUAAAUUGAAAUAAAUAAAACCUAACCGAGCCUGUAUUGGUGCAUUCGCCGGUUUUCAUUUGGCUGCGGUGGCGGUAACACGUAAGUACCUUUUUUGUACAGAUAAUAUUAAAAUAUAAAGCUGCGAGUUUUGUUUUCUAACAAUGUAAAAUAUAAUAACUUAUAUGUAGUAAUCAUUUCUAAUAAACGAAUGUAAAUAAUAGGUAAACGUUACAAAUGCUUAUCACCAGCUUCCUUAAGCUACAGUAAGUAGAGCACUUACUUUAAUAAUAAAUAUAUCCUUCUAUUUUGAGUUACUAUUACUAUUAACAUUAUGUAAAUAGUUCUAUGUUACAAUAUCCAUAUAUUUAUUUAGUUGCCGUAAAA